AUGGUUUCUGGCGAAGUUGCAGCAGUACAACGGAUUUCAGUACCCAUAGACGUAUUCAGUUCGUUUCCUUCCUUAGAAAUCCCCAAAGCAGAUGACAUAUAUGGUCUUGAAGGAUAUGAAAAAAUUAAUGAUACUCUCUACAAAGAACUCCCAAAACAAUCACAACUUACUGCUGAAGAAAGAGAAAAUAACUCUGAAAAACAAGCACACUGUGAUAUGAUUUCAGUUCCUACAAAUACAUUUGACCUGUUCUCUUCGCCAUAUGUUGAAGUUUCCAGAAUAGAUCAAAUAUUUCGUGAAGAAGGAUUCAAAAAGAUUGGCGAGUUUAUUUAUAAAAAAAUACCAUCCAGUUUAGGUAAACCUAUAAUUGAACGGGACAGUUCAAAUAAGAAACAAUAUAAUUGCCAACCACCUUCAAACAAA